GAACUCCAGUCACCUGCCGGCUACGGUAAUCGGUGGCAAAGUGUUGUAGUUCCGCUAAAAUUGCUCGUUCGGUGAAGUGUUUUAAACUGUACUGUGACGUAGAUUAAGUGCUUGAAACCCUACAGGAGUUUGCGUUAUCGCAAAGGAGGAGUCUCUAACGAUGCUGAUGUCGUUGAAAAGUGCGGUGGUGCUGUUUGUGCUACUCGGAGCCUGCCGAGGAGUACCCCGUGAUGGCUACGGUCCCGGAAAGCAGGACUGGGGCUUCGUCGAGGUGCGCAAGGGAGCGCACAUGUUCUGGUGGCUGUACUAUACCACGGCCGAGGUGGAACAGUUCACCGAUCGUCCGCUGCUGAUAUGGCUUCAGGGUGGCCCCGGCGCCUCCUCCAUGUAUGGCAAUUUCGAAGAACUGGGUCCACUGACUCUGGAGGGUGAACCACGGAAUCACACUUGGGUCAAAAACUACAACGUUCUCUUCAUUGACAACCCGGUCGGAACGGGAUUCAGCUACGUCGAGAGUACUUCCCUUCUAACGAAGGACAACGCCCAGAUUGCCGAUGAUUUGCUCACGUUCACCAAGGAGUUCUACCGGUUGAAUCCGGAGUUCAUGACCACUCCGCUGCACAUCUACGCCGAAAGCUACGGAGGAAAAAUGGCACCGGAGUUCGCGUGGGUUUUGGACAAAGCCAUCAAGAAUGGCGAACUGGAUAUCCAGCUGGAGUCGAUUGGAAUUGUUGCACCAUGGGUGUCACCAAUUGAUUCCGUUCUUUCAUGGGGAGAAUUCCUGCUCAAUAUGGGUUUCGUUGACACGAAAGGUUACCGAGAGAUUCAGGCGGCCGCCAUCCAAACCGAGCACACAUUGAACGAGGGCAAAUACGAGGACGCCACCUGGCAGUGGGGCCGGACCGAAGAAGUUAUCGUCCGGGAAACGCUGGGCAUUGAUUUCUACAAUGUGCUGUUCGCGCAAGACUUUAGGGCCACGCAAUCUCGGUUGGCAAUGUUUGCCAAGGACAUGAAGCAGGCCACCCUCGAAAGUGCAGUUCGCCUGGCCUCCGAGGAUCGUGAUCAGAUGUUGGAAGAUUUGAUGCGUGGCCCAGUGGCGGAAACUCUGCAACUCCCGGCGGAAUCCGUGUACAACAAACAAGGUGGAGCCGUGUUCCAGAGUAUGGCUGGCGAUUUUAUGAAACCGGCAAUGCAUGUCAUGGAAUUGCUGCUGAAUAGCACCAGUUUGGAAGUGGCCGUCAUCACCGGACAGUUGGAUCUGAUUGUUGCCACUGCUGGCAACGUUGUGUGGCUGGAGAAACUUCAAUGGGAAGGACGAAAUGGGUACCUGGCCGCACCACGAAAUGGAAUCGGUCCGCUCGGUACACUCGAAGGCUACGAAAAAAGCUAUGGACGAUUGCACAUGUACUGGGCGCUGCGAGCGGGACACAUGGUGCCUGCCGAUAAUCCUGUCCUGAUGGAUUAUAUUCUCAAGAAGCACGCCGGUUUUCCUGAAGACUAACACUCAACUAAUAAUAGAACGGAAAUAAUAAAUAAAUUGAUAUUUCUACACAACUAAUAAUGUA